GGAAGAGAAGGUACCUGACGAUUGGAAGAAGGGUUACCUUGUCAAACUGCCGAAGAAGGGAGACCUCAGUGCUUGCAAGAACUGGCGCGGAAUCACUCUCCUGUCCACCCAAAGCAAAAUAUUAAGCCGCAUCAUCCUGGAGAGGCUAAAGGAUGCACUGGAUUCAAAACUACGACCGGAACAGGCAGGCUUCAGGAAGUACAAAUCAUGUGCGGACCAAAUUGCAACGCCACACUACGCAUCAUCAUAGAACAGAGCAUAGAAUGGCAAUCAGCUCUCUACCUCAACUUCAUCGACUUUGAGAAGGCCUUUGACAGCGUCGACCGAGAAGUAAUUUGGAAACUGCUUCAAUACUACGGAGUGCCGCAAACCUUUAUCCGCCUCAUUCAACAACUAUAUGAAGAUGCCACAUGCCAAGUAAUCCACAAUGGGAAGCUCAGUGAUGCCUUUCAAGUGAAGACAGGAGUGAAACAAGGUUGCCUACUAUCCCCCAUGAUAUUCCUUAUUGUGGUCGACUGGAUCAUGCAGCAAACAGUAGGCAGCGAGAAGAGGGGGAUACACUGGACGACGGAAAAGAACCUAGAAGACUUGGAUUUCGCCGAUGACUUAUGCCUAAUGUCACACAAACUUGAAGAUCUGCAGGCAAAAACUAACAAGUUGACAGAAGAGGCAGCCAAGACGGGACUUCAGGUGAAUAUAGAGAAGACAGAAGUGAUGAAGAUACCGCACCACCACCAUCAACAACAACAACAAACUCCAAUCACCGUCAACGGGAGAAACUUGAAGGAAGUAACCUCCUUCACUUA